UUCGCUUGCUUGUUUUGCUUUUUUGUUGUUUGGAAUAAUUAUUUUCGAAACAAAUAAAAUGCUAACUUAUUGUUUAAGAAGUUAAAUUACCUUUAUAUUUUCCAAAACGUACAAGACGAACAGAUUUUCUUUACACACAACAUUAAAAAUGGACUUGAAUUCGCAGAAUUCUAGUUACUGGUUCGUGGUUCGCGAAGACCAGAGCAAUGUUAUAUUUAGUACCAACAACGUAAUACAGAAUCCUCAGAUUGCAGGGCAUGAACCAAGGUUUAUAGUGGAUGCUGGUCUCCAACCGCAGUAUAUACAAGAACAAAAAGAUGAAGUAGCAAUUGAUAAUACCUGUGCAGUCGAUGUUGACAAUUUCUGGGAUAGAAAUAAAGUCCAAUUACUCCUUUCACUGUGGAGGGAUGAUCGCUUCAAAGAUGCCAACAACAAGGAUAGAACUAUGUGGGAACAGAUUGCUGCUAUAGUUGGUAUUAGCGAAACUGAAUGUAUAAAAAAGUACAAAAGCCUUAGACGUACCUAUGUAAGAUUGUCAAAUAAAAGAAGAUUGGGUAAAAAUAUAAAAUGGAUUCACUACAAUGUCUGUGAUGAUGUGUUCAAAGAUUGUAAGACAUUGUCCUCUGCGGCCCUGGUGCCCUGGGAGGAUAAGAUGGUUCGGCAGCUACUCACACUCUACAUUGAGAAUCUUGACCGAUUUCAAGACCGAAAUUGUGUACAAAGAGACCUUUGGAAAGAUAUAGCGGGAGCAAUGAACACAACUGAAUAUAAUUGUUACCAAAAAUUCAGGUAUCUGAAGAGAAGGUAUUUCACUUUGCUGGAGAAGAAAAGUAGCACUGGGAGACAAAUCAAGUGGCCCUACAGUCAAUACUUUGAGAGAAUAUUUUAUGAUUAUGACCCUUAUAUAUGUUCUUGGGACAGCAGCAAGAUAAAACAGCUAAUCGAUGCAUACUCCCAGAUUGCUUACAAGUUUAGAAGCCCUAGUUUCCAAAAAAAGGAAUUAUGGAAAGAAAUAGGAGAAAUUGUAGGAAAGAAUGCCAGUGAUUGUGAUAGAAAGUUCCGGAAUUUAAAGCAGACAUAUAUUCGACUGAAAAUGAGGGCUGAUACAGGGAGAGCAGUUACAAAAUGGAAGUAUUAUGAAGAUUUUGAAACAAUAUUUAGCAAUACCAAGGUACAUAGAAAUGGGAUCCCACUUAACUGUAGAAAUCAAACUGAUAAUUACAUAAUAAAGCUUCUAAAAUUUGUAAUAGACAAUUUGGAAAAGUUUAAACAUCCACUAAGGAAAAGGAAACAAUUUUGGAGACUGGUUGGCCCUAAACUGGGAUUGACGGCGGAGGAGUGUGACCGUAAGUUUAGGAAUCUGAAGCAAACUUACAUGAGACUGCGAGAACAGAAAGCUGUGACUGGGAAGUGCAAUAAGUGGCCAUACUAUUCUUACUAUGAGAAAAUUUUUGAGGGGUCCUGUGCGAUGUGCAAUAAAGUGGAGAACAAUGGAUCAGAAGGAGUCUGUCAGCUGUGUUCUAAAGGAAAGAACAGCGUUGGUGAAGAUAUAGAUAGCCAGACAAUAUCCGAUAUCAGGAAGGUGAUGCGGGAUAUGCAGGACCGGCACAGUGCAGACAAGUUUGACAAGCUGAUACAGGCCGUGCAGGACUCCAAUGACAUACAACGCGAGAGGAAUAUGAUCCUCAAAGCAUUGUUGGAUAAGAGAUAAAUGAUUUGCAAUUAAAUUUGUUGAAUAUA